GGUUUCGCUCAUGGACUCGUCUCCAACCUUCUGCCGGCGAGAAUCCGAGGACAAUGAGCCUUCUCCGAUGAGCUUUGUUGUGCCUGAUAAUGCGCCUCCUCUAACGUAUUUCUCGACGCCAUACCAUGGCGUUAGAACUUCGUCUGGCAGCGGCUCAAAUUUUCCGAUUGGCGGCGAGAACUCCACUGUGCGCCAUCCGGCGAUGCACACAUCCACGUUGACGCCGCCGUGUACUGUUGAACCAAGCGAGAUGAUGACUCCAGAUCCCAGCACAAGAUACAUACAUGGUAACCAAGUCCACGAAGAUUUUGUCCCAAAGGAAAUUAUGGCUUUCGUCACCGAUGAGGAAGGGUAUGAAUUUUAUCAACAAUAUGCAAGAUCAGAAGGUUUUGGUAUUACCAAGCUCAAGCGGAAGCCGAUGUCGCGUCUGUAUGCAUGCUCCUGGGGAGGUCCCAGUACAUUUUACAAGCCUGGGGAGGAACGCAAACGUGCGAAAAUGUCCAAGAAGGUUAACUGUGGGGCAGCUGUUAAAAUCAAGAAAAGGGGGAAAGAAUGGAUAUAUGAGAAAGUGAUGUUGGAGCACAAUCAUACUCUGAAUCCUAAUCCAUCUGAAUUGAAGCACAUGUAUUCACAUAAGAACAAAGAUCCUCUUAUCAUGGAGGUUUUUGAUGAUCUGCAGACCUACGACGUCUCUGAAGGAAAUAUGCCCUAGAGGCAAUA